AUGAGUUCCGGCAGAUUUGCAACCACCCAACCAACGUACGAUUUCAUAACCGGAGCUUCCUCCCCUUCCACGUCUUCUGGUGGUGGACCUGGUGCGGCAAAUGCUUCAUUUAGACACAGUAUUCGUUCAGGACAGCCACCAACAAAACCUGUAACAGAUGCCGGAAAUGAGGAGUUACGCGUGCAACUAAGCACUUUACGAUAUGAGUUGGACAACUUGAAACAGGAAAGGGAUCUUACAGCCCUUCACCAUGAGAAGGAACUCCGUGAGCUUCAGAUUAGGGCAGAUGCAGAUUUCCGAAAGGCUCAGGCAGCCAUAAGUAGCAGCAACAAAGCGCAGCAUAAAAUCGAGUCCAUUACCACCGAACUGAAGACCACGCAGGAAUCCGCGAUUAACGAGAAAGCAUCCUUUGAUAAACAGCUACGAAGCUUACAGGAUAGGAAUCAGUCUCUACAAGAAGAGUUCGACGAAGCCCAAUCUCAACUGUCGGAUCGAGAACGUCAAUAUUCACAUCAGAUUCAUGAAUUGGAAGCAAUUCGUUCGUCACUUCAGAAAACACUCGACGAAGUGCAAACUGAACUUCAUGAGACGAAGGAAAGCUUGCGGAGCGCUCAGGAUAAAUUAGCGCAACGGGAGGCAGACAUGGGGAUGCUGGAAAGUGAGAACAUACGGCUAAAAUCAGAAGGGGCGAAUUCAGAAACUCUCAGUGUCCUUCAACGUGAACUUUCGGAGCAAGUCGCGCAGGUUAAGCGGUUGGAAGCUGAACUACGGCCUCUCCGAAAGUCACAGAAAAAUGUCGAAAUAGUGGAGGAACAGAAAAAGGCGCUGGAGAACCAGUUGCAGCUAAUGCAAGAGGUGGAGGUGGAACUGAGGAAUGUACAAAUUCAGAAGCAAAUCUUGGAGGACGAGCGGAGAUCCUGGACUAGCCUUCUGCAAACGGAUGGUCAAAAUACUGAAUUCGACUCACCAGAAGAAGUUGCUCGAGCUCUUGUCCAGGCACGCAUCGAGAAUGCAUCGUUGCUAGAUAGGAUUGGGACGAUUCAAACUGAGAUGGCUGAGAAGGCUGAGAUGGUACAGAAUCUGGAGACAGAAAAAUCGAAAUUACAACGGGAGAUAGAAAAAUUACGCGCAAAUUGCUCGGCUGGAAGUGGUGCAGAUGCUCGUGCAAAGACACGACUGGAACGUCAGCGAGUAUUAGCCAUAAGAGAGGUAGAAUACCUCCGCGCACAGCUGAAAACAUUUGACACUGAAGAAACCACUAUGAACGCAGAUGAUACCACAUUUGAUCAACAGAAAUCUGACCACAUCGCCCAUCUUGAGAAUCUCCUCAGCGAACACCGUGAAGAACUUCAUAAACUACAUGAAGAAUUGUCGAAACUGGAAAAGGAAUCUGGAGAGGAUGCCAACGCUCCACGCGGAGUAAAGCGCCCGCUCUCCCCAGCAGAAAGCGAUGCAGAUAGUGAGCGACUCGCCAUCCUGGUCCGGAAAAACCGAACUCUGCAAGACAAUCUCUCCAAAGCGGAACAAUCCACCGAAUUACUCACACGUGAACUCGAGGCUACAAAAUCUCAACUCUCAGUACUCCAAGUCCAAUCCCGGACUCGGAUCCUUGAACUCCGUUCCAACCCCACCGCAGAAGCCGAGAAUGUCAAACUCUCCGCGCUAACAGCCCUACGAGCAGAAAAUCGUGACCUCCUCGCCCAACUACGCAACAAGCACUCGAACCUCGAAGUCGUUCCCCUCUCCACCCUCGAAAGCAAAGAGAUGGAGCUACGCGAGAUGGAAAAGAUCGUUGCAGAAAAGGAUAAGCGCAUGCGUCGACUGAAAGAGAUAUGGACUGCAAAAUCGUCCGAGUUUCGAGAAGCGGUUGCUUCGGUUCUUGGAUAUAAACUUGACUUUCUGCCCAAUGGCCGCGUCCGGGUGACGUCAAUGUUUCAUUUGUCACCGGCGUAUAGGCAUGGAGAUCGGGAUGCCUCGCCUGACGCGAGGGGGCCUGGAAGUAUGGGCGAUGGAGAAGAGAAUUCCAUAAUUUUUGAUGGGGAGAAUGGGACGAUGAAGAUCUCCGGUGGUCCAAAUAGUUUGUUUGCGAUGGAGAUUCGUAGUCUGAUUAAGUUUUGGGUUGAGGAGAGGAAGGAUAUUCCUUGCUUCCUGGCGGCUAUGACGCUUGAUUUUUACGAUAAGACGACAAGAGCGGCGAGGAUGUGA